AUGAAUUCAGCAGAAGUACCAGAUCUAGUCAGUGACUCUUCGUCGGGUUGCCAAUCUUCACCGGAAAUGCAAGCAUUCGACAGAGUGCAACGGAUGGAGAAGGUAAAUGGGGAAUUGGUUGAAAUCGAUUACGCAUGCAUUUGCUGUGAUCCUGCCAACACAACUGGCUAUCACUGUCCACAGACAUACUCCAUCGUAAAGAAGAAGACAAAGAGAGACACAGAGAGCUGGCACAGUAACAUGAUUAGAGGAGACAAAUUCAGAGAAAUCGGGAUACUCCAUCAUGAAGAGUGCCUUGGGUGCUACAAGUUCAUUCCAUCUAAGUUUCCAGACGUCGGGAGUAGAUGCAGCUGCUGUGGUUCAUACAGCUGUGAUAAUAUCACCCCAGGUGGCUGCACUCGCAAUUUCAGCGUAACUCAGCUUGGUUCACCAAAACUACCAGCAAACUCACUCAACUGGAUACUCUCAAAUCAAAACGCUGCGGGACUCCUCAACAGGUACGGUAGUGUGGAGAAACUUAUUCAUGCAGUCGUAAAUGUCCUCCCCAGAGCUGGUGCUGGAGAUAAGCUUAUUUUGUCGAACGGUCUAAUCAGAGAUAUCAAUAGUAUGAUAUGCUCAAAUUGCGUCUGGAGGGAUGUCGUGGUUGACGGAUUACAUUUGCUCUGGAAGCAUAACAAUAGCAUUAACAUCAACAACUAG